AUGAUGUGUCAAAUGUUUGACAGCAAUGACCUGAAACAUGCUAUCAAAUCAUUCACCGGUACCGAUGUCAGCGAUGACUUUAUAUCGAUCAUGCAGAAGCAGUUGGAUCUCUAUGGUAAUACCGAGAUUGAUUUCGAGGAGUUUCGGGAAUCAUUCCUAAAGAUGACUCGCUCUCUUUAUCCCACCCAGCCGAAUAUGAAUGGACACGGCGACUCUACACCGCCGUCGCCACCACCCUCGCCAAUGGCAUCUCUCUCUGGCUCAUCAUCACCGAUUUCCACACCACCCGACUUACUUUCACCACCGAAUUCACCGCGUGGCUCUGAUUCCGCGUCACCCGUUUCCGCUUCGCCACCGCGCUACCUUGAGUUUAGCGAUAUUGUCGCCACGCCCGCCUCUUCCAUAGCGGCUUCCUUCGUAAAGCCAAACCCAAUUUCACCACGACGACUAGGUCAAGGAACAAGAGUGAGAUCCAGUUCUCUAGGAUCAACAAACAGCAACAGUAACAACAACAGCAACAGGCAAUUACCAAAAUCAAACUUAAACAACAGUUUCAAUAGUGAAAAUGGAGUUGUACCGAUUUUCAAUGAUGAUCAAGCAUUUAGUCCAAAAAGCUAUUCACCACCCGCCACAGAUUUACUCUCGAGUUGUUCAGUUGCAAAUUCACCACAAGAUUAUAACGGUUUCAAUCAUAACCAUAACCAACAUCAACAACAACAACAGCAACAACGUAAUUCCAAUAGUAAUCAUAAUAGUAAUUCACAACAUCAUCAGCAAGCACAACAACAUUUUAAGCGUCCACCACUUUUCAAUAAGCAACCAAGUCAUAAUGAUCUAUUUAUGACUUUGAUGUCACUUAAUAGCGGAAGUAAUGAUGAUGCCGACAGUCCAUUCGCUAGCGCAUUUUAUAGUAAUUCAAAGAAGAAUAAGUCGUCGUCGUCGUCUUCAAGUAAGAAGAAAAACAGAGAUGACGACAGCGGUGUUUGCAGUGAAGAAGACGAACCUACUUUUUAUAUGGAAGAAGAUUGGAACGAUAGUGGUAAUCAUCGACAUGGCAAUGGCAAACCAAAGCGAUUCACAUAUGGCGCAAAGAACAGAUACGAAGAGAUCGGUUGGGCAACUGAGGAGUUCUACUACGAUCCAACACUGACGCAUUUGGACGACCUUCAUGAAGUCAUUUCGAUUCUCAAAGAGAAGUACACGAUAUCCUCUUCAAAGGUAAAGGAAUUGGAGAAGAAGAUACAGGUUGCACUCAAGAGUAAUCAGCAGUUGGAAGACGAUCUUGGCACCACCAAGAAGGAGUAUAUCACCAUGUCACUAAAGAACAACGCAUUCGCACAGAGCAAAGCAAUCUCUGAUCAGAUGUUGGAGGAAUGCAAUCUGCAGAUUUCACAGUUGAAACAAUGUCGGAUCGCCAACGACAAAGAGAUUGCAACUCUGAAAAAGAAAUUGAUAGUCUCUGAGGAGAUGGUACAGAAAUUCACAAAGGCCUAUGAGGAUUCUCAAACGGAAUCACUUGCCAAAGAGGUUAAGCAUCACAACGAAAUAGAAUCACUUAAUCAAAAACAUAAUUGUAAUAUUGAAAAUUUAAGAAAUCAAUUCCAAUACGAAAUGAACGAAGAAAAAGAUAGAUUUAACAAGUAUUGCGAACAGGUUGAAUUGGAAAAGAAAUCGAUACAGGAAGAGAAUAACAAAUUAAAAGAAACACUUGAGAGAUUGAAUCAACAGAUAUAUAGUUUACAAACGGCAGAAGCUGAAGAAAAACAAAAUCAAAGUGAUUUAAAUAACGAGUCAAUGUCUUAUGAGUUGUUGACAACAGAAACAUUUAAUCUAAAUACACAGCUACAUAGUUGGAAGAAGCGGUAUCAACAAAUGGAGGCGAAAAAGAUAGUCGAUCUAAAGAAGGAGUUGAAGCGGUCAAAGAAACAACACAGUGACUAUGAAUCACUUAUACUACAGGGUAUACAGGAUUUUAAUAAAAUGGAAACAACAAUAGAUCAUCAUUUAAAUAAUAAUAAUAAUAAUAAUAAUAAUAGUAAUAAUAAUAGUAAUAAUAACAAUAGUAAUAGAUUAACACUUAAACAACAUAAUAACAAUCGAAAACAUAAUAAUAAUGAUACAAUAGUCAAAUCAUCACCAAAUACAUCAAAUCGAGAUGACAGUAAUAAUUAA